AUAAAUUACCAUGUUUAUUUUUUGAGUGUGACAUACACCUUAUCUACUUCAUUGUUGUGUGUUGUAUGGUCCACAUAUUCCCUUCUGAGUUUCGAUACACUUCAUUACUGAUUUCUGACUGAGAAACAAGAACAAAAUGUAUUUUCCAAUCAACGUCAUCUUCCUGUUCACUUUAUCCCCUUUCUGGGUUCCUUCAAUAGCAUUGAAAUUAGAUUCAACAGACCCAGUUCCAUCACCAUGGCCGCACCAGUUCCAUGCAACUACCAUCAUGAACUACACAGGAGGUCUCAGGAAAGUGGAUCUCUGGUACGAUUGGCCUAACAAAAGGUACUUGCAUAUAAACCAAUACCAAUUGGGGGAAAAAUUGUACGACGUUGAAUGGCAGAACGGCACUUCAUUUUACUUCACUUUGGAUUCUACCCAGGAAUGCAUAGUCAAGCAUUUCCCUGUGGGGAUUUUGAGACCUAAUUGGCUUGAAGGUGCGAAUUAUUUGGGCCAGAGGUAUAAAGAUGGAUUUCUCUGUAAUGUUUGGGAGAAGAUUGAUUUCCUACACUAUUAUGAAGAUGUUGCUACCCAGAUACCUGUUUAUUGGCAUUUUUAUGAUGGAUUGAUCGAACAUAUUAUAACUUUUGAGGUGGGGAAAGUGCUGGAGGAUUCUAAGUGGCAAGCCCCCGCUUACUGCUUCAAGGAGAUAGAGAAAGGAAAGAUAACAUUGCAAGAUCAAAAAGUUGAAGACCACUCACUUCUUGCUUCGUUUCAUGACAGAAGAUUUAAAAGUGACAAAUGAACGAAGAUGUAUGACAAAAAUUUACCUACUGCUACUUGAAUAUGCCCAUGUUUUGAGUUUGUAAUGCUAAUAGUUUGGGCCAAAUACAUACACAUUCCUUUUAACUUGCACUUUCAUAUGGCAUGACAUUUCAGUGACUGGUCUGUAUGUGUUAGAUACACACUGCACAAAAUAUUAUUUCAAACUUGUAUUUGUUUGUAAUCUAGAAGAAUAUUAUAAGGGAGUGGAAGUUUGGAGGUGAA